AUCUCUUUACUUUCAGAUAAAAAUGCCGCGUGCAAGUAAAAAUCAGGAUGACAGUAGUAAAUUGACUCGAAUAGCUAUUGUCAACAAUGACAGGUGUAAACCUCGAAGAUGUCGACAAGAAUGCAAGAAGUCGUGUCCAGUUGUACGCAUGGGAAAACUUUGUAUUGAAGUUGCUCCAAAUGACAAGAUUGCUACGAUAUCGGAAGAACUGUGUAUUGGUUGUGGUAUUUGCGUCAAGAAAUGUCCCUUCGAAGCCAUUACCAUUAUCAAUUUGCCAAGCAAUUUAGAAAGAGAUACUACGCACAGAUACUCGCAGAAUUCAUUUAAAUUGCAUCGCCUACCUAUUCCUCGGCCUGGAGAAGUCCUAGGUUUGGUUGGAACCAAUGGUAUCGGCAAAUCCACAGCUUUGAAGAUUUUAGCGGGAAAACAGAAACCCAACUUAGGACGUUAUGCUAACCCGCCUGAUUGGACGGAAAUAUUGAAUCAUUUCCGAGGAUCUGAGCUUCAAAAUUAUUUCACCAAGAUUUUAGAGGAUGACAUCAAGGCUUUAAUAAAACCACAAUAUGUCGAUCAAAUACCAAAGGCUGUCAAAGGAACUGUGGGUCAGCUCCUCAAGAAAAAAAAUGAACGCGAUAAUCUCCUAGAAAUUUGUCAACUCUUAGAGUUGGAGAAAAUUCAAGAACGAUCGCUGGAAGAUCUCUCCGGAGGAGAACUUCAAAGAUUUGCAUGUGCCAUGGUAUGCAUCCAGAGCGGUGACAUUUUCAUGUUUGAUGAGCCAUCUUCAUAUUUAGAUGUCAAACAAAGACUCAAAGCUGCUGAAACGAUAAGAUCUUUACUCUCUCCUGAUAAAUUCAUCAUUGUCGUUGAGCACGACUUGUCGGUGUUGGAUUAUUUAUCCGAUUUCAUCUGUGUUUUGUACGGUGUGCCAGGAGCAUAUGGUGUUGUUACUAUGCCAUUCUCUGUCAGGGAAGGAAUCAACAUCUUCUUAGAUGGUUAUGUCCCAACCGAAAAUCUACGUUUUAGAGAUGAGAGUUUAAUAUUUAAGGUAUCGGAAAGUGCAACUGAGGAAGUGAAGCGGAUGACGCAGUACCAAUACCCAAACAUGGCUGUUACUCUUGACAGGUUCAAGCUCUCUGUCAAAGCUGGACAGUUCACUGAUUCUGAGAUCAUUGUUCUGCUGGGUGAGAACGGAACAGGAAAAACUACAUUCAUCCGUGUAUUGGCUGGUCGAUUAAAACCGGAUGAAUCCUCAGAAGACUUACCUGUCCUACACAUCAGCUACAAACCACAAAAAAUCAGUCCGAAAGCACAGGGAUUAGUACGGCAACUUCUGCAUGAAAAAAUCAAGGAUGCGUACCAACAUCCUCAGUUCAUCACUGAUGUAAUGAAGCCACUUAAAAUUAACGAUAUCAUCGAUCAAGAAGUACAAAACUUGUCUGGAGGAGAAUUGCAACGUGUUGCUCUAGCAUUGUGUCUCGGCAAACCUGCAGAUGUCUAUCUCAUUGAUGAGCCAUCUGCUUAUCUUGAUUCCGAACAGCGUUUGGUUGCAGCCAAAGUUAUUAAAAGGUUCAUUCUUCAUGCUAAGCGAACUGGCUUCAUAGUAGAGCACGAUUUCAUUAUGGCAACAUAUUUAGCCGAUCGUGUGAUUGUAUUAGAGGGUAUUCCAUCAGUAGAAACAACUGCCAACACCCCGCAAAGUUUGUUGGCUGGAAUGAAUAGAUUCUUGGAAUUGCUUGGAAUUACCUUUAGGAGAGACCCUAACAACUUUAGACCAAGGAUAAACAAAUUGAACUCGGUGAAGGAUACGGAUCAAAAGAGAGCAGGUCAGUAUUUCUUCUUGGAGAGCUGAAUCGGAUGAAAGAGAUGUUUCUUUCAAUCUGUGAACAGCCAGUUACAGAAAAUACUCCAACAAAAUCAGUACCUCAGCAUUUGAUCGCGAAAGCCGGUUAAAAACUUGGGAGGAAGCGAGAGGAAGGAUAAGAAGUUUUUUUCUCCGUUGGCUUUAAUUUGACCAGUGAGAUUUACUUUGAACAAAUUGAUCGCAACAACACAAGAUUUAGUGUGCUUACUUCAUAUGAGGGGCUUGCAAGACUAGGCGCAGGAGUGCAGUUUUUUAAAAAAUUGAGAUAUUUAUGAACUCAACUAGAACUAGUUUGAAAGUACAUUCUGUGAAAAAUUCACAACGGAAAUCCAACUUCAAAGGAUUGUGAGUUUAAACUUCCCUUCCGCCGUAAGGCUCCAUGUACUUUUGAAACUUCAUUUCUUAAAAUAGUAAAAACUGCACUUAUGCGCCUUGUCCUCCAAGCCCCUCAUAUGAACUGCUGAGGGUAUCUCAAUACCUGAGAAGAUCAUAGAACUGAGUCAUUUAUCCUCUCCAUAGCUCAAAAAUUCUCCACUGGUUAUCGUCAGAAGACAUUGUAAAUACAGCCCUUCAUAAUCGUCAGAAUUAUAAGAUUUUGCUGGAAAUUAUCACUACCACAGAAAGCUUCCCCAGGCAUUUUCCAACACUGAGGCAUUUCAUACUUUCGUACCAAUCAAAACCAUCAUUCAUUCCUACAAUAUUCUCUCAAAAAACAAGUUGAAUCUUGGCAUAUAAUGAGAAGUUUUCUCAGGAAUUAAGGUUUUCGCACAGUAGAAUUUUAUAAUAAACUCGUCUCCAUAUCUUUGAAGUAAUUUUCUCCUGUUUUCUUAUUUUUUCGUGCACUUCUUUGCUAUCACCCCAAUACUUUGAAGUUCCUUCUCAUGAUACGAACUAUGUUUGAAGUGGAAGUGUUAUUAAUAAUAAUAUAAUUUUUUGCGAGAUGUUUAGCAUCAAUUGCCCUAUUUUCAAAUAAAUUAUUUAUCAUGUUGUAAUAGUCAAUCGUUUCAAUUACCUGUUUCGUCAGUAGGAACUAUUUUGUUUCUAUCUAGUCUCAGUUAGGUGUUCAUUCUGAUUUGAUCAUUCUUUAUCUUAUUUACUGUGAUCUAAUUGUUGACUUUGUAAGCUUUCUUUGGUAAAUACCUGGAUAGUUUAGCUACCAUCAAAGUACCAACUCAAAGUAUUACUUUUCAAUUUUUCAAUACCAGCCGUUUGGAGUGCGCUCUCAUGACCAGAUGAGGGGGCUCCUUCACUAUCUGUCACUUGCUCCAAGACUGAAUUCAAGGCUUGAUUUGCAAACCUUAACGAUGACAGGCCACUAAACUUAUCUUCUUGCUCUAGUCCAAGGAAAAAAAUUCAAUAGGAAUUUGAUCUUUUUACCAUCUACAGCCUGACAUACUCUGUCUGUCCCUCUCUGUUGCAUUAGAUUGAGCUGUAGACAGCCUUUUUUUGUCCAGCCCUGUCAAUUUAUUUUUUCAGAAGUGAUUUGAAUCAGUGAGAAUGGAAGCACACUAACUAAAAAAAA